UGGACGAAAUGUCGGUCAGAGUUAAAGACUAGAUCCUGCGGGUUGCGUGCGGCGGGACCCAACUGGAUCCUCUGUUUCCUGUUGUCAUCGAACAUGGAAGCGGAAAGCUUGAAACAUUGUACGACUUUUGAAGGCAACCCACCAUUGAUUUAUGGUCAAACACAUUUUCACACACGCAAGUCUUUCUCGCUUCCCAAACACCAGAACAAACGCCCUCAUAUAAGAGCAGAGCUACAGAGGCUGCUCGCGUAUGCUCCAACAGAACUGCCCCAACGGCAGAGAGGCGAACCUUCGUAGCGAGCUUCCUGGAAUCCAUGGACACCGUGACCCCUCUGAUUGCCACCCAAAGAUACGCGGCCGUUGUGAACGGCACUGGCAAUAACACGGUUUACGCUUUUGGUGAGUGCAUGAAGGAUCUUUCACAAACGGACUGUAACGUCUGCUUUGCCCAGUGCAAGACCCAGGUCCUCAGGUGUCUCCCUUUUCAACUAGGCACCCGUGGCGGCAGGCUUUUCUAUGACGGAUGUUUUCUCAGGUACGAUGACUACUAUUUCUUUACAGAGACUGUGAGUUUGGAAGACAGGACCGUGUGUGCGACCAAAGAUUUCGUUGGGAAUGAUACUGUUUUCAGCUCGAAUGUUAAACAUUUGGUGAGGAAUCUGAGCGUGGUAGCGCCUAAGAAUGAUGGGUUCUCUGUGGGGUCUGUGACCAAAGGAAAUAUCACGGUUUUUGGUUUGGCUCAGUGUUGGGAACUUGUUAAUGGUACUGCUUGCGCGGAGUGCUUGGCGAAUGCGUCGGCUAAGAUUGGGUCGUGUGCUCCAAAAGAAGAAGGAAGGGCCUUGAACGCUGGUUGUUACUUGAGGUAUUCGACCCAAAAGUUCUACUUCAAUUCGAGUGAGCCUGUUGAAGAAAGUAAUCGAGGGCGCCACUUGGCUGUUACUUUGGCUGCAACAUCUUCUGCUUUCGCUUUUGUGCUGGUUAUAGCAACGGUUGUUUUCAUUGUGAGGAAGAAUGUGCUCAAAAAGAGGAGAGAGAGAAAGCAACUAGGUGCUCUCUUAACCACGGUGAACAACUCCAGACUCAAUUUUUCAUAUGAAAUUCUUGAAAGGGCCACAAAUUACUUUCACGACUCCAAUAAGCUGGGACAAGGAGGAUCUGGUGCAGUUUACAAAGGAGUUUUGCCAGAUGGGAAGGUUGUUGCCAUCAAGAGGCUUUUCUUCAAUACAAGGCAAUGGGUGGAUCAUUUUUUUAAUGAAGUCAAUUUGAUCAGUGACAUCCAUCACAAAAAUCUUGUUAAGUUGCUAGGAUGCAGCAUCACAGGCCCUGAAAGCCUUCUUGUUUACGAAUAUGUGCCGAAUCAAAGCCUUCACGAUUACUUUUCUGGUAAAAAGAAUGUUCAGAUGCUAAGGUGGGAGCUGAGGUAUAAGAUCAUACUGGGUACAGCUGAAGGCUUAGCCUAUCUUCAUGAGGAAUCGAGGAUAAGGAUCAUUCAUAGAGACAUUAAAUUGGGAAAUAUCCUGCUUGAUGAGGACUUUGCAGCAAAGAUUGCAGAUUUUGGACUUGCUAGGUUAUUUCCAGAAGAUAAGACUCACAUCAGCACUGGCGUUGCAGGCACACUAGGUUACAUGGCUCCAGAGUAUGUUGUUCGUGGCAAAUUGACUGAGAAAGCAGACAUUUACAGUUUUGGUGUUCUUGUAAUUGAAGUUGUAUGCGGAAAGAGAAACAAUGCCUUCUCUCAGAGUUCAUAUUCUCUGCUACAAAUGGUUUGGAACCUUCAUGGAACUGGCAGGCUCUCUGAAGCUGUUGAUCGAGAUUUAGAGGGCAUGUUUCAAGAAGAGGAGGCAUCUCGAUUGCUUAAAAUAGGACUCCUAUGUGUACAGGCUUCUGCAGAGCUGCGGCCAGCAAUGUCCACAGUUGUGAAAAUGUUAACUGAUAGUCAUGAAAUUUCUCAGCCAACACAGCCUCCGUUUCUUAAUUCUAGUAUUGCAGAGAUACACCAAUACAUACCACCUAAAACUUACAGUUUUGAGCCCGGGUCCCAGUCUCAUUCUUCAGGGAAUAAUAUGACGGAAAGUGAGAUUGUGCCCAGAUGAAACACUUUCCUUCCUCUCAUCUUGUACAUUAUUCAUUCCCGUACCUUAAAACUCUUACAGGUGACCCAUUUCCCCUGAUGUUGUUGCCAGCUUGAUGUUCUUGUCUACAUGAUUUUCUAUUGAGCUUCUACUUGCAAGUCGAUAUAGAGAUGUAUUUAGUUUUUAAACUUAUCUUGUAAAUUAAAUUUUGCAAUGUGGAAGGCAUAUUCUUCACUCCGCCUGGAAGUAGAAUUUUUCUUUUCUAUCCAUUGUAUUAGCAGCACAUUGAAAUAGUUUUCCAGAAGGGUCAAUUUUUGGUAGCUGAUUGUAACAUCUCGCGUUGACCAUUAAUUUGAAUAUAAUAGGGUGCAAAGUGAUCUACUA